AUGGCAUUCAUACUUCAUGGAUAUGGUAAGCUAGUGCCCUGGUGGAUCGUACACUCAGCCCCUGAAGCCUUCUCCCCCAGGCCGUGACCGGAAGCCGGCCAAAUUGACUCAUUCGCUCUCCUGUUCCAGUCUCGCUUUUGCAGCGCUACACCCUACCGACCCAAAUGGCCACAAGCACUUUCACCAGCGGUCUAGGUGAUGUCGGAUAUCAACAAGCGUUUGAGAAAGUCGGUUGGAGAAAUCACGAGGUCCGUGCGCGCCCGUGGACGCGUAAUCUGGCAGAGUGACCGGCUGACUCUUGGCUGGAUCUGAUGCAGUUUUACCGCACGAAGAGGAUGAUGAUCUACGGUGGUUUGUUUUGGGCACCCAUCGCGAACAGGUCAGUCGGCAGCACUCUCAGCUCGGAGUUACAGCGUUUCGAAUAUAAUUAUUGCCGCUAAUCCUCUUAUUGCAACAUAUGCAACGAUUAUUUAUUAGAUGGCACGCCGUACUUAACAAAGUCAACUACGGCGGCAAGCUGAAAAGUAUGCCGAUUCCAUCUGAUCACCUCCCUUCUGUGUGGAGCAGGAACCUGAACUUCUCUAUCUACCUUCCACAGCUGCCUUCACCCGAGCCAUCAUCGACGCCACGACCUUCGCCCCCUUCGCCUGCUGCCUCUUCUACACCUCCCAAGGACUCCUCGAAGGUCGACCCUGGCGAGCCCAGGCACCGCUCCCCACCACCUCCCUAACGUCCCCUCCUCCCAUCGAAGGCAUCUACGAACGUCUCCAAGACCGCCUCUGGACCUCGACUUCGCACUCGUGGUGCCUCUUCUUCCCCGCGCAGAUCGUCAACAUGUCCAUCAUGCCCGUCUAUGCUCGACCACCCUUCAUGAGCGUGACGAGUUGUCUUUGGUCCAUUUAUCUCGCUUCGGCGCAGAGGGUCGGAGCGUUGCCGCCUCAGGAGGAGACGACGCCGACGUUCAAAGGGGUCAAGGGUUUGGGCGAUGAACCGGUGUUGGUCGUGGCUACGGAAGCGGUUUAA